GAGGGGGGAGGGUCGGUGAAGAACUGUGGGGAAGUGAGUUCUACUGUCUGUAGAACAGACAACAAGAGCUGAGGGCUCCAUCAACUUAAAAUGAUGGACCAUGGUGGAUCACAGUCAAUAACAUCUGGCCUGAAAAAGUAUGCCCGUGAACUCACUCUGGACCCAAACACAGCAAACAGAAAACUCAUACUGUCGGACAACAACAGAAAAGUGUCAGUGGGGAGAGAGAAGCAGCCAUACCCUGAUCAUUCAGAGAGAUUUGACUACUGGAAACAGCUGCUGUGUCAAGAAGGUCUGACUGGUCGCUGUUACUGGGAGGUGAAGUGGGAGGGACAGGUUUACAUAGCAGUGACUUACAAAGGAAUCAAAAGGAGAGGAGAGGGUGACAACUGCUGUCUUGGGAGGAAUGAUCAAUCCUGGAGUCUGAGCUGCUCUGAUAAUGGUUAUUCUAUCCUGCACAAUAACAGAAGAGCGUCCAUCCGUAGACGCCACUCUGGUAGAGUCGGGAUGUACCUGGACUGGGCUGCUGGCACACUGUCUUUCUACACCAUCUCCUCUGACAAGCUGAUCCACAUCCACACUUACCACACCACAUUCACUGAGCCGGUGUACCCUGCUAUCAGAAUUAAGACGGAACCAUUUCACUCCUCAGUGUAUUUGUGUUAGGCACGGAGAAGCUUAUUUUCCUUUUUUGUCUUUAGAUGAAAAAGCUUAAUGAUUGUUGCAACCGAGUAUUUUUAAUGUGAGAUGUGAAAAUU